AAAGAGAUUUACAAAUGAGACACAUCGCAAGCAAUGUGUCAUAAGAGCCAACAAUAACUGUUGUACACUGUGCCAGAAGUACACAGAUUAAGCUAGACACUUUUACUAGGACUGCACAUUUGUACAUUUCACCCUUCACACAACCACUAUUUUAAACCAUUUCAUUUUGACAUGUAACGAGAACAUUUGGUUUAAUUAGCAAAAUAAAGCAGAAUCUUUUCAUCUUGUCUUUUCAAUUUGGUAGUGUUAAGAAUAUUUUUCAUUUUACAGAAAACCAAGUUUCGUGUUUGAUAUUUGAUUCGGAAAAUACCUUAGUCAACAUUAAGAGAAACUAAAUCAGACAAAAACUAACUGACAUGCAAACUAAACUGACAUAAAGUCCAUAAAUCAAAUGUUAGUGCGAUCAAUGGAGAUAUGCCACUAGAGAGGUUGUGACUAUUUAGACAGUAUAGCGUAAUUAUUUAUGUAGCUAAAUAAAUGUAUACAAUGCCAUUUACCAUAGCAACAACAUGUUCUCUUUAAACAAACCAAAACAAAAAGCCUGAAUGAACUUGGUCUUUCAGAUCAGGAUAAGAUACAGUAGUUUAGAAGCCACUGCCACGUGACGCCUUUAUAAAAAAUGACCUGGACUUUAUUUGAACUUCAUUGGACAUCAUUGAUAAGUUUCCUGCCUUCUGCCUGUCUCUCUCAGGUGCCCCACUCUUUAACAGGUGCCAUGGCCACCUCUAUGACCUCUCUGAUGGGCCUUUCACAAAAUCAUUGAUUAGUUCCUGUCCAUUGCAGUCUAUCAUGCUCUGCAGUAUGUUGACAAAUUGCAAGUGCCCUCUCUCUCUCUCUCUCUCUCUCUCUCUCUCUCUCUCUCUCUCUCACAUACACACACACACACAAACACUGUGCUGUAUAUAGUACAGUAAACAAUACAGCCAACUUACCAUAUGAGAUAAAAUGGCAACACUAUAGACUGAUUUCAUUUUAAUGCUACAGGAAAAUACCAUUUUAUAUCCUGCUUUGAACAUAAUUUAUAAAAUAAAAACAAAACAAACCAGUAGCAAACAGGUGCAUCAAAUAAUUUGUACUACAGUAUAUAUUAAAUUAAGUACAGAUGCGAAUUAAACAUUUGUCAAUUGUGAAAUGAAAGUAUGUCUAGAUAAAACGUUUCAUUUAAAGCAUGCUGAAAUGUUUGUGGGAAUACUGCAUUGUUGAUUAUCUGUUUUGAGAUUAUAUAUUACAAUUCAACACUUACCUGUCAAAAUAACACCAAAGUUAAUACAAAGAUAUAUAAUAAUAAUAAUAAUUGAAGCCAAGUCACAUAGGUGAUGAGGAAAGUAGCCUAUAUGAUUAUAUUUAAUUUGACGGUGUUUCACAUUAUUCAAAGCCACAAUGGCAUUGUUACAACAGUGACACCCAGCGAGCAAAGAUGCCGAAAGCUAUAGUUUCUUCACAGUUCACUUUUUCACCUCUUAACAACGUUAUUCCUGACAACGCCUAUUGCUAUAAAAUAAUAUAAAAGAACGUAUUUUCCUCUCAGGGUAGCGCAGUGCCCAUCGCAUGUUUGCCCGAGUUAUAGUUCUUGCUGUCUGUUCAGAGACGCGUAAUGAUGAAAUACUGAAACGCAAGCUCUCGCUACGUUAAAUGUUCACCGUAACAUGGAGAACGACGCUAAACGGUGGUAGGGUACUUCAGCAGUCAGUAGUUCUCUCCAGGGGCGGGGCGGCGCUCCAUCAGUUUAAUGCUGUCAGCACGUGGAUAGUUGAGUCCCGGCGGUGUUUUGCUCGGGUGGAUGCUGAGAGAGACGCCCGCGAGAGGACGAGCAGGUCGCACGGAUGUAAGAGUCGGCGAUGCUUACUUCAAACUCACCACGGGAUGGGUGUCCGCGACCAAACGAGCCGUAAGAGGAAUUGUGCGGAAAAGAAAAAGACGCGAACGGGAUUAAAAUAAGAACACAAGGUAAGAAGAAGCAUAGAGGAACCUGCAAAUAACUUAUAGUGAAAUUAAAAAAAAAAAAAAAAAAAGAGAGAAUAUUCGCGAAGACGCGCGCGGACGAUUUAUUGGACGGCAGAGCUUUUUCUAAAUCAAUAUGCAUAACUUAAGCUUUGCGAGCGAAGCGGACACUUACAUUGACAUUGGUUUAACAUCCUCUGGGAAUUCUACAAGUCGCUAUUCUCCGGCGACCAUUAUAGGGCUCGCGGGGCUGGUGAGCUUCCUCAUCUUGUUUACGAUAGUGGGGAACGUGCUGGUCGUUAUCGCCGUUUUAACGAGCAGAGCGCUCAAGCCACCGCAAAACCUUUUUCUUGUGUCUCUAGCCAGUGCGGACAUUCUGGUGGCCACCCUCAUAAUCCCUUUCUCUCUGGCCAAUGAAUUAAUGGGCUACUGGUUUUUUGGGAAAGUUUGGUGCGACAUCUAUCUAGCGCUAGAUGUUCUUUUCUGCACAUCUUCUAUUGUUCACCUGUGUGCCAUAAGUCUGGACAGGUACUGGUCUGUAACACAGGCGGUCGAGUAUAACUUGAAGCGGACGCCUCGCAGGGUAAAGGGCAUGAUUGUGGUGGUGUGGUUGAUCGCGGCUGUAAUCUCCUUCCCACCGCUCAUCUCCAUGGACCGGAAUAAUGAGGGUGACAGCAGCGAACCACAAUGCCAGCUGAACGACCACACGUGGUACAUCCUGUACUCCAGCAUCGGGUCGUUCUUUGCCCCGUGUGUCAUCAUGAUCCUCGUUUACAUCCGAAUCUACCAGGUGGCUAAGACGAGAACUCGAAAUAUGUCUGAAAAGCGCCGCGAUCCGGAUGGAGGACCAGGAACGCCACGGCUGGAGAACGGCUUGAGCCGCGAGGAUUCCAGGCGGGAAAACGGGCACUGUGCCUCGCCGCCACCAGGGGAGCGCAAACCAGGCGAGGAUGACCCAGAUGCCGAACUAGAGGACAGCAGCUCGUCUGACGAGAAGGCCAAGCGGGCGCAAACCGAGACGGCGCCCUCCCGAAAAGACCGCCGGUCCAGCCGCAAGAACAGCUCCAGCUCCAAGCAUUCCAGCCGGAAAUCCCGAGCCAGCAGCAAGUCCCUAGACUUGUUUUCCUCCCGCAGGAAAAGACGGAACACCAUUUCGAGAAAAAAGAUUUCCCAGGCACGAGAGAAGCGGUUCACCUUUGUGCUGGCCGUGGUCAUGGGGGUGUUCGUGGUCUGCUGGUUUCCAUUUUUCUUCAGCUACAGCCUGUACGGGAUCUGCCGGGAGCCCUGUGCUAUCCAUGACACCCUUUUCAAGUUCUUCUUCUGGAUCGGAUACUGCAACAGCUCUCUCAAUCCCGUCAUCUACACCAUCUUCAACCAGGACUUCCGGAGAGCUUUUCAGAAGAUCCUGUGCAAGUCCUGGAAGAGGUCUUUUUAGAGGACAUGGGCAGCUAUUUGCAGCAUCCAGUGCCAUUUACAGGUGGUUGAAAAGGAAGAGACGUUUUCAAUACACCACUGCCUCUCUCUCUUUGCAUUGACAAUCUGUACACAACAAUGACAUUGAUUUUUUUUUCUACUUUGUUGUGUAAAGCUCUUCAUGAGCCUGUGAGGACAACAGAUGCUGGUCACAUAGGUGGUACCAAAAGCUAAAAAUGCUUAAAAAAAAAGCCCACCUGAAUUGGGAAGCACUGCACUGCAUUAGAGGAAACAGGCUUGUCUUUAUUAUGGCUGCAGGCACUCUGAAGUUAUCAAGAGAUAUUUUUAUGAUGAGUUUGCACAUAUGGCUUGUGUCAUUGUGACUAGAGAGCUAUGUAACAUGAAAGGCUGUGUCCUUUUAUAUGGUCACAAAAAAAAAGACAAAAAAGGGAAGUGAAUUACCAAGAAGUGUGCCGUUUCUUUCUAGCGGAGAGAUACAAAACGGACAAUGUUGUUUAGGGAGUAUGAGAAGGUUGUCGCCGGAUGACAGAUGGAGGAAGAAUGUUGCCCUGAUGUGCUUGGGUAUUGCGAUGUUCGUCCUAAGGGUGCAAAAUCCUGACUGAACAGAGCUCUAUUACAAACUAUUCUUAAUCGUCCUUCAGUGAAAUGAAUCACUGCACUGCUGCUCUCUAAUAUGCCAUAAAAAGUACACAGAAGAAGUAUAUACUGGAGAGUUAAGAGAAACUGUAAGUGGUGAUGAUGAUAAAUAAUGAUACAUUUAUUUAUCUACAGGAUUUAUUUAUCAGAUUAUAAACUAUUUAAGCUUCGUGGCUAUGCUUGUACAGUGUAUCCCAUUUGUUCAAAAAUAUCAUAGUGAUAUAAUGCAAAUAUAAUAUAUGAGGCUGUUGUACAUUUUUAAAAGCAAAACAACUUUUUUUGGUUGUUUUUGUAUAUUAUGAAACAUCUGUCUUUAUGGAUGUUGGGCUUCUCUCCUUUUCUAUUCCAUAUACUUGUGAUAUCUCCAAAAUGACUGACAGGUCACUACAAGCACAGCUGAUGAUCAAACAAAAAUGAACAAAUAAAUGGAUUGUACUUCUCUUGGAUUCGCUUUUUACUGUGAACUUUACUGUGAGUCUAGGCUUUAUAUUUUACUGUUCAUGUCUCUAAAGUGGGCUUGUCAUAAUUAGAAAUGACUGUGAUUAAAUAUUGUUUUGAGCUUUUGUCAUUUUGCAGGUACAAUACUCCAUUCAGCUCAGAACAGAACGAAAUAAAGGGAGAAUCUGAACUAAUUGAAACGAA